AUGCAACUGUCGAUAGUCCUGUAAAAUAAGAUUUAUUCCUCUUUUAAUAUAACUGCUGUCCCCAUUGGAUCAUUUAAGUCAGCUAAAGAAGCAAAUUUCAUAACCAUUUUAUUCCAUUUUAAAAUGUAGGUUUUGCAUUGGAGAUCGUUUUUAUCUACAUGAAAACAUUAUUUUAUGUGAACAUGAUUACAUGGAAUUAUUUCCACACAUUUCUACACGUGAUAUUGAUCUGCCUCAUCCAGAAAAAAGAAAUAUUAUUUGUUAUAAAGCUACUGCUAACUCGUGUUUUUGUUCAAAUGAAAUACUUUCAAGACAAAAUUGCACUGAUGUUGGAGAUGAUGAAGAUUAUGAUGAUGAAAAUAACCAAAAAUAUCAAAUGAAUCUCAACUAUUCACAAUGUAUUGCUUCAUAUAUUCAACUAUUUACAAAGUGUAAAACACGCAUUACUGCUGAACAAAGUUCUUGUGACAAUAAAUUAAUUAGGAAUACAGAUAACAGAUUAUGUUCUUUAUUAAAUCCAUUUGAUUUAAACUUUCAUGAUUCCACAACAAUAUCAGAUGACCGUUCAAGUGGUUAUGGUUCACCCAGUUCACCGGGGAAUAGCUUCCAUGAUAAGAUUUGAAUUUCAAUAAGAGAUAUUCUAAUAGUAUUCAGUCUUCUAAUAGACCGAUAUGUUGACAGUUGUUGAACAUUUACUUGGGAUAUGUUUAAACAAAUCAAAAUUUUCAGAAAAUAAAUGAAAAUAUGGAAGCGUUUAUGAUUCUUUAGAUAUAACUAAUUAAACAAAAAAGUAAAUGGAUAUUAAAACAAUUUCUUCUUGAACUACCAUAUUAGAGAACUAAAUGAUCUAAAGAAGAACAGAUCGUAUUAUCAAAUGCAUUGUACAUUAAGUACUAUAUAUCAUAAAUAAAUUAUUUAUCCCAACAUACUUUUAAUGUUUCCUAAAAUCAUAAUUUGUGUAAAAAUUAUUAUUAAAAAUCAAACCUUUCAAUCAAAAUAUCAAGAGUUAUUCUUCCAUAGUUCAAGCGUACAUCAUACAACAAGUCAACUUUUGGCCUGAAUAAAGUAUGACUAUUUAGCUUAUGGAAUUAAAGAAGUAAUUAGUCUCGUCAGUAAUUAUUCUACUGUAUCAUUAAUGGUACUAAAGAGAAAGGAUAUCUUUUCUUUUAUGUGUAUCUAGAUCCGAUUAAAGCGAUUUGAGAUUGACAUGUGUUACUAAGGUGAAAACCACAACUGAAAAAUGAAAUAAUCAGCAAACAAAUGUUCCGAAAUAUUUUUACAAGUUAAUUUUACAUCCUGUAAUUACAGUAUUGAAUAAACAAAACGUCAAAUUUUCGAGUUACGUUCAUAAGUUCACAGCAGAAUGUAGAAAUUUCAAAAUUUAACCAAACGUUUACCGAAAAAAUUGAUAACCUGGAAGCAAACACAG